AUGUACUUUUUGACUGAGCAUUUACCUCCAAGGAAUCAAAGAUACUCUGAACAGUUCGCUGUCAUUGUGACACUCUACUGGCUAGCUGCAGGGAUGUCAGUUAGAGUGUUAGGGAACACUUUUGACAUCUUCAGAAGCACUGCCUUUGAUGUGACAGCUCUGGUACUUGACAACAUAUGCAUGUUAAUGGGGCAUGUAAUCAAGUUACCUGAUGAAGCUGAGCUACCUCAUGUCGGAAACAAGUUUGCAGAAAUGGCAGAUUCCCCUGUGUUUAGCCAGUGUUGUGGUGCUAUUGAUGGGUGCCAAGUGUACUUCAUCUGUGAUGAUGCAGAGAGACAUGAUGAAUACAUCAAUCUAAAGCUCUACUACUCAAUCAACCUCAGCGGAUUGGUAGACCACAGUGGCAAAUUUAUAGAUUUAUGCACUGGGUUUCCUGGCUCAUGCCAUGACAUGAGAGUUCUGCGACACGGUAGUGGCCUGUUCCGAGCAGGAGUCUAUCCUCCUAGGGAAUAUUUCAGCUUCGGAGAUGGAGGCUACGCCUGCCUCAAAAAUUCAACUACCUUAAUAGUACCAUACCGCAAUGUGCACCUCACACCAGAUCAACAGAGCUUUAACUACCCUCUGUCGAAAGCUCGGUCAGUAGUAGGAAGGUCUUUUGGACUUCUGCAAGCAAGAUUUCGAGUGAUGUAUCAUAGAGCACUAGAGGUGAAGUUCCCUAAAGCAGUGAAGGUGAUAACAGCUGCACGUGUGCAGCAUAAUAUACGCAUUGAUGCAGGAGAUUUUGUGGAUUACACUGUACUUCAAAGAUGA